AAUGGCCGUCAUUUGGAAACCAACUAAGCUAAAGAAUUGCCAAAAGUAUGAAUUUAGAACAAACGCCUGUAGAUAAUAGUGGACAAAAGAAGUUAAUCGGUUCGACACCAGAAGGGAACGAGCUGAAGGGAGGAGCACUGAAAAGAUUGACUGCACUCAGUAAAAGCAGACCUACGUAUCCGGAAGUCCUUGGGUGUGUGACCAAUCACAGCAGAGUGGGCAUGCCUGGAGGUGGGCGGUAGGAGGAAUACAUUAAACGGACCACUUGAGUGGCAAGCAGGAAAUCCAUGGAUGCGCUGCAGAAAGAGAACUCCUCUCUCAAAGCUGAAGAAAGUGAACUCCAACUUCAAAUCGCCAGGACAGGUCACCAAGACGACUAAGUUGAGUCCGGAAGAAGAAGUGGAGGAGCUGGAGAGGAGCAAAAGGCAGUUGGAUGCUGAGAUAGCACAGCUGGAGUCCGAGGGGUACAGAGUGGAGGAGCUGGACAAUCACAUUGACAUGCUGCAUGAGUACAAUGAUAUCAAGGACAUGGGACAGUCGCUGCUGGGCAGAAUAGCUGCUCUACGCGGGACCACCACACGAGAGCUCUACAGCCAUUUUGGCUUGGAACUGGAUGACUGACCAACAAAAAUAGCAUUUACUAUCUCCUUAGUUCAAAUGUGUUCAUUUGUAGUUUUAGUUUGUGCUGCCUGCCAUGUUGAGUA